GAUGCUCUAAUCACACAAACCAAACAUCAUAACAUGGAAAUGAUGACAUUAGUCUCUUUGUGCUUAGCCACCUUCUUGUCCUUUCUCUUCCUUAAACGAAUCAUUACCACCACAAAACGUAAGUUACCACCGUCUCCAAAGUGGUGGCUUCCGGUGAUAGGAAACCUCCACCAGCUCGGUCCAAACAUCCACCGAUCUUUCCAUUCUCUAAGCCUCAAGUAUGGACCACUCAUGCUUAUUCAUUUCGGCAGUGUCCCUCUUCUCGUGGUCUCUUGUCCACAAGUUACUAAUGACAUCGUGAAAACACACAACCUCAACAACUUUGCAAAUCGCCAUAAAUCCAAAUCUACUAACAUAUAUAUGGAAGGUGGGCGUAAUAUACUCUUUGCCUCAUACGGAGAAGAUUGGAAGCAUAUGAAGAGUCUAUGCAUGGCACAUCUUCUAAACAACAAAAUGGUUCGUUCCUUUGAGAAGCUAAGAGAAGAAGAGAUAAAAGUAUUGACAAAGAAGCUAGAAGAGGCAUGUUCAUCUUCGUCACCAGUAUAUCUAAGGAAACUGCUUUUGACUCUUACCAGCGAUAUCAUAUGCAGAAUCACCUUUGGAAGAAAAUACAACGGUGAGGAAGGUGGAACUGAUAUCAAGAACUUACUAGUGACAUUCAAUGAGUUCUAUGGCAAAUUUUUUUUCGGAGAUUAUUUCCCCAGUUUGGCAUGGAUAGAUAAGAUCAGCGGUGUAGAAGAUAAAAUGAAAGACGUAAACAACAAGUUAAAUGGUUUUUUAGACAGCAUUGUGCAAGAACAUGUUCAUGCCAACCACCAAGAGCCAUCAGAUUUUGUUGAUAUGUUGCUAUCGAUUCAAAAAGAUCAAACCAAACGGUUUGAUCUUGAGAGAGGCGACAUAAUACUCAUCCUCAAGGAUAUGUUUUUCGCGGGAGCAUCAACAACUGCAACACUACUAGAAUGGACAAUGACAGAACUUAUGAGGCAUCCAGAGUGUAUGAAAAAACUUCGAGAUGAGAUUAGCUCAGUUUCGGCUCAUAAUUCAUAUGUAACAGAGAAAGAAGUUGAGAAAAUGGACUAUUUACACUGUGUGAUCAAGGAGGGACUACGGUUGCAUCCCUCUGGUCUAUUACUCUCAAGAAUAUCUACUGAAGAUAUCCAAUUAAAUGGAUAUGAUAUUGCUGCAGGGACACAGGUAGUAGUCAAUGUUUGGUCAAUUCAACGAAACCUAGCUAUAUGGGGACAUGAUGCAGAAGAAUAUAAACCGGAGAGGCAUUUUGGUUCGAAUAUUGAUUUUAUCGGUAGCGAUCCAAAGUUCAUUCCAUUUGGAGCAGGGAGAAGAGUUUGUCCUGGAAUGGGUUUUGCUAUGGUCUUGUCCAAAUUAACACUAGCUAACCUCGUGAAACGGUUCAACUGGAAAGUUAUGGUCGGACCAGGGGGAGAUGAUCAUAAGCACGAUCUAGCUGAAGCGUCUGGUGUCGAUGUUUGCCGCAAGUUUCCUCUCAUUGUAGUUCCAUCACUUGUGCACGCAUGAAGGUAUUAAUCCUCCUUGAUGAUAAGAUACAUCCCUAUAAUUUAAUGUGUUCAGUUCACUAGCUUGUCGCCUGAUGAUGCUUUGCUUUUAUGUUCCCUUAAUAACGUACUUUCAUAUUUGUGGUAUGCGUACUUCUUAAGUAAAGUUGUACAUUGUGUUCGGUUUAUGAAUGCAAAAUUCAAAAUAAUAAUUAUGUAGUAAUUUAUUAAUU